AUGGUAGUUUCACCAAAGAUAGGAGCAUUAGGAUUAUUUGUAUAUACUUCAAUGAUGGGAGUAAGAUUAUUUGCAAAGGCACCAUUUGAAUAUAGUACCAAAGCAAUGGUUGAAGACCAAAAGAAACCAAUGAAGUCGUUGCCCAAAGAACGAUUAGAUUACUUUAUCAAUAAAAGUAAAGAGUUUGGUUACAAUGCCAACUAUAACAAAUGGGACUUUUAUCUAUCAAUCGAUGAUGCUCAAAUGGAAUUUGGUUCUGAUGAAUAUGCUAUCGUUCUAACUCCUCAUACUUGGGCUUUGGGAGAAAGAGAUAAAAAGAUACUUGAAACAUAUCAAGAAACAAAGACAAGAUAUAGAAAUGAUACAAGUACAAUUGAACAUUUAACAUUUAAAGAUAUUGACAACGACAAGGAACUAAGAAAGAAAUUGAUCGAAGAUUUUAGAAUUGUACCAAUUACAAAGGAUGAAGAAGAUGCCAAUAUCGAAGUUAUCAACACAACACUAAAGUUUAAAGUUGGUCAAGAUAUGAUUAGUUCAAAUGCAAAAGCUUUUGCUUUUACUUUUUUCCCUUUAAUUGCUAUUAGCAAAUUAAUACUACCAUAUAGAUAUCCAAUUGGAUUGACACAUUUAAUUUUACCAUUUUUGGCAGUUGAAGCUACCAGUUAUCUAAAAGAUAAACAAGCACAAGAAGAAAUAUUUAGAGAUAUAUUCAAUCGAAACGGUCCAACACCUUUGAUCAACUAUAAGAGUUUUCUCAAUGCUCGUAUGCAUUUCAAUGCUCAGAAUCUAAUCUCUCCUCCAAGUGGUGAUAACUUUCUCUAUCCUUGGAUGUCUGAUAAAAUCAAUAUCAUCGAUGAUAUCUUGAAAGAAAAUCAUAUUCAAACUACUAAUUUUCAAGAUUAA